AUGCCCUGUCAGCUUCGGAGGACAGAGAAUGGGGCUUGGGGAGCAGGGUCCAGGGAAGAAGAGGCCCGGGCGGAGACGCAGCUGCGAGGUGGACAGCAGCGGUUUGCACACCUGGACCUGACCCUGUCCAAACACUACCUAAAGCACAGCGCUGAUCCUUCCUGUGACCUGCAGGUUCUGGCAUCUGGCGAGUUCACGGUCAGCCUCUGUAAACGGACGCACGGCGAUCACACGGCCUAUUUUGUUUGCUGUUGGGAAGACACAGUUUUGCGCUGUGCCCGGGACUCGCGCUCCUCUUGCCUCCGCCGUGCAAGCGGCUUCCUCCUUCCCUCGGACUCCUGCCUGCAGCGGCUGCUCGCCUUCAACCUCUCCGCCGCCAUCCCGGGCCGGGAGCGGCCCACCGCGGCCGAGCUGGGCUUGGACCUGGGACCCAGCUCCUACCACGAGCUGGGCCCGGCGCUGGAGCUGGCGGUGUUCCUGCUUCCGGAGCCCGGGCGGCGGUGCCGCCGUCCUGCCCGGCUGCGGAGGGCCGUGCCCGCUGCCCCGCACGCUGCCUGCCGGGCCCGCUGCCACCGCCACGAGCUGUUCAUCAGCUUCCGCGACCUCGGCUGGCACAAGUGGGUCAUCGCGCCCAAGGGGUUCAUGGCCAACUACUGUCACGGCGACUGUCCCCUGUCCGCGGCCGCCUUCCUGAGCAGCUCCAACUACGCCUUCAUGCAGGCGCUGAUGCAGGUCGCCGACCCCUCGGUGCCCUCGGCCGUGUGCGUCCCCACCAAGCUCUCGCCCAUCUCCAUGCUCUACCAGGACAACGGCGACAACGUCAUUCUGCGGCACUAUGAGGACAUGGUGGUCGACGAGUGCGGGUGUGGGUAGGGGCAGGCGUGGGCACGGCAGGAGGGGGCUUGGGUGACACAAUAAAGCGGAGACACCUUGGAUCUAA